AUGGCCACCGUUGCCCACGCACCGGGCCUCGCCGUGGUUGGCACCGACAAACAACCUACUGGUGCUGGUGCUGGUGCUGCUGAAGCUUCGAUGAACGGCGAUACUACGACUGCGGGCCUCAAGAUAACACCUGCUGGAAACGAUGAAUCUGCGGGUGGUGCUGGUGUGAACGGACGGCGGGCGCUGAGCGUAUCAACCCCGGAGAAGGCCAUGUCGGAGGAGCUCAAGGACAUCUUCAACAAGCUGAUCGACGAGAAUGGGCAUCUCGACAUGCGGAACGUUACCACCCUGAUCUGGGUCAACAGGAAACGCUUCGACAUCGUGGAAACCAUCGUCGAGCUCCUCAUCGAGAACUCGAACGAGCGUCGGGUGUUCAACGGCAUCGAGUUCUACCUCCCGCAGCUCGCGCACAUGAUCAUCCACCUCGACGUGCACCUGCCGUCAUCCGCCUUGGAGCAGUUCGCGCUCGUCGUCUGCCAGCAGAGUCUUCACGUGGCUCUGCAGCUCAACUGGAUACUGGUGGCCGCGUUGGAGGAUUACCACGCAGAGCUUCCCGACGGCAGCCGCAACAAGAAGGCCAACACGCUGUACUUCAACAGAUGCGCCAAGCUGCUGCAGAAUGUGGAGCGAAUCAUCGCCCUUGGCCCCCCGUCUGCCACGGGUCUGGAAGAGCUGUACAAGACAGGGAAGCUUAGCAGGCACGAGGUGCAAACCAGGACCAUCGCGGAAAGGAGAAGGCAAGCAGAAAAGGUGAUCAGCAGCCCGAAGAGCGGCGUUAUCCAAAGUACCGCCGAGGACCACGGGAUCAAGGGUUGGCUCUGGCACAAGAGGUGGCACAAGAGAGACUUCCCGCAUCGUUCCAAGUGGAUCCGAAGGUGGUUCGAGGUAGAGGACAGGGUCUUGUAUUGCUACAACGCGCAGGAGCAGGAGGGGAGCAAGAUCAAGAGGGCAGCGGUGCUCUACCAGGCUUCCGUCAAGGAUCUCGACUACAAGGACGGGAAGUACGCCCACUACUUCGAGGUGCACAGCCCGAUGGGCAUCAUGAGACUUAGGGCGGAGGACGAGGCCGGAAAGAGAGCGUGGAUCAACAGCCUACAGAAGCAGGCGCAGGCGAUGCCGGCCGUGGCGCACCUGUAUGCGCAGGACGGCCCGGCCUCCUCCUCUGCCUCCGGCAUCACCACCGGCCGAGACCCCGAGAGCGCGGUCGCGACCACGAGCGGUAACGCCACCGCUGCUGCCCCGGGAGGUGGCGCGGGCGGUCACAGGAGGCCCGGCAGCAUCACCGAAGUCGACGAGACUGUGGACACGAGCGGGGACGAGAGCGGGGGCGACGCAGGCGCGAAGGCGGUGGGCGAAGGGAGUGCGGUUACGCUGGCGGCGGCGGAGGAGGCGGCGGGGAAGCUGCUGGUGGGGGCGGCUAAGGAGCGCCAGUCGGUGAUGAGCAUGAACACGGUGGUCCUUCAGGAGGCCAAGAGGAACAAGAGGUUCAGGUUCUUCAGCGAAGAGAGGCAAUUCGUGUCGGACUUGACGGACGUCUGCGAAGCCCUCCGGUUCGUGGAGCCACGCUCGGACCGCGGCCCGAAGCUGGAGGCCCUACUGAUGAAGGUCAAGAUUCCGGAGUGUGGGUACCUGCCUCUGUGCCGAUCCACGGAGCCCUUCCAGCGAGUUAUUAAGAUUACGCCCAACGAGGCGAAGGCGUUCAACACCAAGGAGAGGGUACCUUCUUUGGUGACGUUCGAGACGGAGCAGACGUGGGCGCCUGGCGGGGAGUCUGCCGGAUCUCCUCCCCUUGACGUUGCGAGUUAUCUCCACUUUGUGUACGGGUUCCACGCCCCGAUGCACCAGGACCAAGUGCGGUACGCCUCCAGCGCCCUUAGGGGCGGAGAGGACUCGAUCAUGGAGCCCGACCUGUUGGCGGUGAGCGAGGCAAGCUACGGCGGCGGGGACGAGACACCACAAGCCACGCCCGGACGGCGACACUCGCGCAGCGGAUCUUUCCGUUUCCGGUCUAACUCCAAGGGGCUGCAUAUGCCACCUGUCCACCUUCCCGGGCACUUCUCCACGGUCUGGAGAGAAAAGCCUGCUGGAGCCGAGGCCAAGCGGGAUUCCAAGGGGGACACCUUUAAAGGCGGGAAGUCUCCCUUCCGGCAUAACCUUAGCAGCUUUGGCUCAGCGCUGCACGCCCGCGCGUCGAGCAUCCGCCACGUCAAGCUUCCCGGCGUACGCCAGAGCAUCAACAAGAAGGGGACCACACCGGGAUCGACGAUGGUUUCCACGGGGGGGGAGGAGAAGGACGGCGAGUCCGAGGGGGGGGCUGGUGUUGGUGGCGGCGGGAAGGCGGGGGGGGCGAAGCCCAAGAACGUGGCGUGGGAAGACGCUGAGAGGGAGUUCAGGGAGAAGCAGGAGCAGGAGGUCGACGCGAUAGAACUCUCCACCGUUACGGACGGCAGGCUGGUGUCGCCGAGCAUCGGAUCCUUACCGGCCGGUUACACUGGCGAAGAAAAGCAGGAGGAGGAUGGGGAAGAGAAGGGAGAAGCCGGCCCGCAGGCUAAUGGAGGGGCGGUUAGCGCUGCUGCUGCUGCUGCCGAGGGGGAAGGAACGCCGGCGGGGGAUGCGGUACCGGUAGACGAGGAUGGGUUAGAUAAGGCGCUGCAAGAGCCGAGCGUGCGCAGUCGCGAAGCGAGCGACAGCAACGGCCUGCCGCCGGAGUUAGAGCUAGAGGAAGUCACGUUGACGGCGGCGCUCGGUGACGACAAGGGGCGAUCGACGGGAGAGGCGGAGAACCGAGGAGAAGACGACGAGGAGACAGUCAGGACGCCUUGCAGGGCGUACGGGGAGAGCAUGGCCGCGAAGGCCAGGCGCAUCCGCAAGCAGUCGCUGGAGGGGGCACGGGCGGGUUGGAAGCUGCAACGACUGAUCAUGAAGAGCAACGAUGAUGUUCGGCAAGAAGUCUUCAUCAUGCAGCUGAUCAUCUUCUACAAGGAGGUUUUCGAGAGGGAAGGGCUAGACUUGUGGCUUAAGCCGUACAGCAUCCUCUCCACCGCUAAGACGACGGGGCUGAUUGAGGUGCUGAACCAGGCCACCUCUCUCGACGGCCUCAAGAAGAGCGGAGGGUACCCAGGGUCCCUGGUGGAGCACUUCUAUGCCGUGUUCGGCCCGAAGGACAGCGACGGCUUCAAGGCCGCGCAGCGAAGAUUCGCCUGUUCUCUCGCCGGGUACUCGGUGGUGUCGUACCUGUUGCGCAUCAAGGACCGGCACAACGGCAACGUCAUGCUCGACUCGGACGGCCACAUCGUGCACAUCGACUUCGGGUUCGUGUUGGGCAGCGCCCCGGGAAACAAGUUUUCCAUGGAGCGAGCGGCGUUUAAGUUCACUUCGGAGUACUUGGAGGUCUUGGGAGGGAAGGACUCGCCUAUGUACGAGGAGUUUAUCGAGAUGUUCUGCAAGGGGCUUGCGGCAGCGAGGAAGUACGCGACGGUGACCAUCACCAUGCUGGAGAUCAUGAUGUUCCAGUCGGAGUUCCCUUGCUUCGAGUACAUGGGAGACGCCGCCCUGACCAUGUUCAAGAAGCGCCUCAUGUUGGGCGCUAAGGACUCGGACGUGGCGCGACGCGCGCGGCGAAUGGUCAACAAGGCUAACGCGCACGUGGGCACCCGCUUGUACGACCAGUUCCAGCUGUGCACCAACGGCAUCUUGCCUUAACAUCGGUGUUGCGAUCGUGGCAACGUCUAUCUGCGCGAUCCCGAGAUGCACGCGUGCGUGGUAUUUUUCUGUCUUCCCUGCGUGUGCUUUUUUGCACGUGGUGGCAUGUUGUCGGGAGAUUUGUCGUAUUGUCAUUUUUUGAGAUCCAUCCGUCUUGGAUUAAUUUUGUGUACGAAUAGAGAAUAGUACGUCUAUGCUGUGAAGUUGAGGGCGGAGUGGUGUAGUUGUGCCCGGGUUCAUCCACUAUGAAGUUGAGGGCGGGAGUGGUGUAGUUAAGCCCGGGUUCACCCAUCGUUUGUAAUGUAGUAACGCAGUGUGUGCUCCGGGACUAGGAGAUGCGCACCAACUCGCUCCUUUUCUUUGGCAGUUCGUGAGGGCAGUGUAUCGAACUCGGGUUUGUUGUCCACGGAGGUAACUUUGGAGCGCAGGGCAGCCUGUAUUCCCAUUGUGCUGCUCACACGGAGUGGGGAUAGUUCCGAGCACAUGCAGCUUUGGCGUGAACCUAUGCUUACACAUAGCAGGUAUUUUCGGCGGUUACUCGUGGUGCUUUGGAGAACGGCGGAAGGUAUCUCGUGGGCAAUGGCCGGACUUUGUGGCCUCCUUGGCUACAAGUAGUAAUCCAACCAUGUAGGCGGAGUGUUGCAGCACGACACUUCGAUCCGGAAAUAGGGCCGGUUAGCCAGGUCCCUGGUGUACGGUAUGGGCCCAUCCCAUGGCGUUUGCGAGCGUGGCAGGCACUGUCCCUCCCAAUUGGCGUUCGCGGGUCUUCCGCCCAGACACAACCGGUUUGCGGAACUUCAAGGGACCCGGGGUAGAAAUAGUGUCUUCGUUAAUGGCCGUAAUUUG